AUGGUUAGUGAGCAAGAUCUAUCUAAUAAACUAGCAGAAGAAAUUCCUGAACUUUACCAAACUAUUGUGACAGAUGCAUCAGCCGGUUGUGGACAGUCGUAUGAUGUAGUUGUCGUUAGUGACGUAUUUAAAGGUAAGUCCAAGCUUCAGCGCUGUCGAAUGGUGAACAAAUUACUGGCCGCAGAGAUUGCACAGCUGCAUGCAUUUGGUUUAAAGUGCUAUACCGUACAGGAAUUUUCGGAAUUCACGCUGUAG